AUGAUUUAAAGCUUUUUACAUCAUCAGCCUCGCCCUCCCUCCCGCUCUGUCUGCCGCUGAUGCACCGCGCAGCCCGGAGAUGCUGCUGCUGAUGCUGGUGACCGACUGCAGCAUCCGACAUGGGUAUCCUCUAAUCCGGCCGUGCCACAAUUACUUUCUCUCUCACUAUGUGGGGAAAAACUGACGUGGCAUUCUACUGAGCCUGAAAACAGAGGCGUGGACAGCAAGACAAAAUCAGAUUUUCUUCAUUUAUUUGGAUUAGGAAUAAUUCCUCUUCCAAAGUGCUCUGCACAUCUUCUUGAAGAACUCAUUCACAGAACUUAAGGAAAAACACUGGUCAAACAGUAUCUUCCGCUACUCCCCAUUGGCUUUCAAUAUGAGUGGUCUGGUAGGGAAGCUGGAUCCUCGCAGGAUACAGUGGGGGUCGACAUGGAACACCUUUGCAUCCCGUGUCCUCAGGACCAAGCCUGUGGAGUCCAUGUUAGAUUCAGCCAUAUCGGGUACAAGCUCACAUGGAACCAGACUGGCCCGGGUUUUGUCUACGGUGGACCUAGUGUCGCUGGGUGUGGGCAGCUGCGUCGGGACGGGGAUGUAUGUGGUCUCUGGACUGGUCGCCAAGGAGAUGGCUGGCCCUGGGGUCAUUGUGUCCUUUAUUAUUGCUGCUGUUGCCUCCAUUCUGUCAGGAGUAUGCUACGCAGAGUUUGGUGUCCGUGUGCCUAAGACCACAGGUUCAGCCUACACAUACAGCUAUGUGACAGUGGGGGAGUGUGUGGCUUUUUUCAUCGGUUGGAACUUAAUUCUGGAAUAUCUGAUUGGCACAGCAGCGGGGGCGUCAGCUCUCAGCAGCAUGGCGGACUCACUGGCCAAUCACACCAUCAGCAACUUUAUGAUUUCACACAUUGGAACACUCAACGGCUUAGGUAAAGGAGAACAGUCCUACCCAGACCUACUGGCACUGCUGAUAGCACUGCUGGUGACAGUGAUAGUGGCUUUGGGAGUGAAGAACUCUGUUGGUUUCAACAACGCAUUGAACGUCAUCAACCUUAUAGUGUGGGUGUUCAUGAUGAUCGCUGGCCUGUUCUUUGUAAAUGGGGAGAACUGGGACGAGGGGAGAUUUCUGCCUUUCGGCUGGUCAGGGGUGAUGCAGGGUGCAGCCACCUGCUUCUAUGCCUUUAUUGGAUUUGACAUCAUUGCUACAACAGGAGAAGAGGCCAAGAGUCCCAACACCUCCAUCCCCUAUGCUAUCACCGCCUCACUCAUCACCUGCCUCACUGCCUAUGUCUCUGUUUCUGUGAUUCUGACACUGAUGGUACCAUACAAUGAAAUUGAUGAGGAUGCACCACUGAUGGAGAUGUUUGCCAUGCAUGGUUGUAUGUUCGCAAAGUACAUAGUGGCGGUAGGCUCUAUAGCUGGACUGACUGUAUCCCUCUUGGGUUCGCUGUUCCCCAUGCCCAGGGUCAUCUAUGCCAUGGCAGGAGAUGGCCUGCUCUUUAAGUUCCUGGCCCAUGUGUCUUCCUACACAGAGACCCCUGUUGUAGCCUGUGUGGUUUCAGGCUUUCUGGCUUCCUUGCUGUCCCUCCUGGUCAGCCUUAGAGACCUCAUAGAGAUGAUGUCCAUAGGAACGCUUUUGGCCUAUACCCUGGUGAGUCUCUGUGUGCUUCUCUUACGCUACCAACCUGAGGGAGACAUCCAUGGUUUCGUGAACUUUCUCUCUGAGGAGCAGAAUAAAAAGAGGAAGGAAGGCGUUCUGGCUGAGUGUGAGAAAGACGCCUGCUCACCAACCAGCGAGGCCGAUGAGUAUGGUGGUCCGCCCACUAACACCUGCGGAGCCAAAAACCUGCCUUCACUGGGUGACAAUGAGAUGCUGAUUGGCAAACCAGAUAAAAAUGCAUACACGGCCAAUCACCCUAACUAUGGUACAGUGGAUAUGACUACUGGUAUUGAAGCAGAAGAAUCAGAAGGUGGCCUGUCCCGGCGGUUAAAGAAGCUGAUUGGACCACGCUACUACACCUUGAGGAUCCGACUGGGCCUACCGGGAAAAAUGGAUAGACCGACUCCAGCAACGGGGAAAACUGUCACUGUGUGUGUUCUGCUGCUCUUCAUCUUCAUUUUUGCUUUCUGCUCCUUCAUAAUUUUUGGAGCUAGCACUAUUGGGGAGGGUCGUUGGUGGGCCUUGCUGCUAUUGAUCGUGUUCAUCAUUAUCAUUGCCCUACUAGUCAUCAUCAUCCUGCAACAACCAGAGAAUCCUAAGCGACUUCCCUACAUGGCACCCUGUGUGCCCUUCGUACCUGCUUCAGCCAUGCUGGUUAAUAUCUACCUCAUGCUCAAACUGUCUGCAAUCACCUGGAUACGAUUUUCAAUCUGGUGCCUCGUGGGUGUGCUCAUAUACUUUGGCUAUGGCAUGUGGAAUAGUACUCUGGAAAUCACAGCCAGAGAGAAUGAGGUGCAUGCUUCCACCUACCAGCGCUACGAUCAAGGUGUUGACGAAGGCUUCUGCGGCUUCGAAGAUGAUUUCUACCCACCUACCACUGACGCCUGGGGUGCGCCAGACGGGGCAUCAGGGCUAACCUCGCCCCCUGUGGCAAAACCUGAAAAUGAUGGGAUGCCAUCGAAAAGUGGAGGCAGAACCAUUGCCAAUCAUGGCCUCGCGGAGGAGGAUCCAAUGGAUUUCUAAGGGACUGACUCUGCGUUACCCUGAAUGUACUGCCUUGUCUGCUGCCUGGGGGAUGGGUGGGGAAGAAUAUGUGAGUGCACGAAUGACUCUGUGUGUGUGUGUGUGUGUGUGUGUGUGUGUGUGUGUGUGUGUG